GAAAUUUAUGUCGGCGCACGUCAAAGAUGAGAUUGUUGUGCUCGCGUUUUCCCCGUAUCGAAGUUGUGGCUGAAAAUUUGGAUUAAAUCGUUCGGUUGUGUUGGAAAAAAGUUGUGCAAUCGCCACCCCAAAUUGUGUGGAUACAGUGAUUAUUGGAUUUAUUGCUGGAGACAAGACAGACUGCGGCACCACAAGUGUGUCAUCCAACAAGGCAACAAAGAUACUCAAGGAAUCAACGCACAAAAAAAAACUCUUCGGUUGGAGAGAAAUUGAGAAAGUUCCAAAGAAGGGGAGGCUAAAAAAAAAGGGUAAAGUGUCUGUGAGUCACAGCGGGUGGUGACGUGGAGAACAAUUUCUGCAGAAUCUUUUUGAAGGCGUACGAUUGAGAGCGAUAAUAAAAAAAUGGCUUUCGCAGGACUUAAGAAACAAAUUAACAAGGCAAAUCAGUAUGUGACGGAGAAGAUGGGAGGUGCCGAGGGCACAAAGCUAGAUCUGGACUUUAUGGACAUGGAGAGGAAAACGGAUGUAACGGUGGAGUUGGUGGAAGAGUUGCAGACGAAAACGAAGGAGUUUCUGCAGCCCAAUCCGACGGCACGGGCCAAAAUGGCAGCGGUAAAAGGAAUCUCUAAAUUAUCAGGUCAAGCAAAAAGUAAUACUUAUCCACAGCCCGAGGGACUCCUGGCCGACUGUAUGCUCCUGUAUGGGAAGAAGUUGGGCGAAGACAGCAUUUUUGCUCAAGCACUCAUUGAAAUGGGUGAGUCGCUAAAACAGAUGGCCGAUGUUAAAUAUUCCCUCGAUGAUAACAUCAAGCAAAACUUCCUGGAGCCACUGCAUCAUCUUCAGACGAAGGAUCUCAAGGAAGUCAUGCAUCAUCGCAAAAAAUUGCAAGGACGGAGAUUGGAUUACGAUUGCAAGAGACGACGACAGGCUAAAGGUUCUCACAUUACAGACGAUGAGAUUCGAAGUGCUGAAGAGAAAUUCGCCGAAUCAUUACAUUUAGCCCAAAUGGGAAUGUUCAAUUUAUUAGAGAAUGAUGUGGAACAAGUGAGUCAACUCGUGACAUUCUCCGAAGGAUUGCUGGAUUAUCACCAACAGUGUACUGAGGUGCUAAAAUGUCUCGUUGAAACACUCCAGGCAAAGCGAGAGGAAGCUGAAUGUCGCCCAAAGACGGAAUUUGUGCCGAAAACAUUGGCAGAUUUGAACAUUGAAGGACUCUCAAUGGAUGGCUUGAACGGUGGGCGUCAUUUACAAAAUUCCCAUCCUGAGCUAUCUUCCUCGUCCCGAAAUCAAAAUAUGUACAGUUCACAGCAAAAUCUCUCUACGAGUCGAUCUGCUGGUGGAUCAGCUGGUGGUGCUCUCGGCGGUAGUACAGAUGGUGGUAAUUUUACAAGGAGUAAAAUGUAUGGGUCACAACAGAGUUUAUCCUCGAAGCGUCAAUCAAAUGGGCAAAAUGGGCAAACAAAUGCCAGCAGGAGUAGCAGUAGCUUCAACAGUCACACGAAGAAUCCGUACUAUGUGUCAGGUGUUGCGGAUCAAUGGCUAAAUGCGUGGGAUUUGCCAGCACCACCGCAACCUGCUCCAGCUGCCAGGAGCACUGCCAGCCGAAGGAAUCCCACCAGCAGAUCAAUUUCCACUUCCUCAAACCCCUCCUCCGUCAUCACGCACAAUUCCAACUUCAACAACGAUCCCUGGUCAGCAUCGCCACUUCCAUCACCGAUGCGAUCACCGGCAAAAGCUCCAGCACAACCACAGCGUCCCAAUGGACCGUGUUGUUCUGCUCUGUACGAUUUUGAGCCAGAAAAUCCAGGAGAAUUGGGAUUCAAGGAAAAUGAUAUAAUUCAACUAAUAAAUCGAGUUGAUGAAAAUUGGUAUGAGGGCAGUGUAAAUGGACGAACCGGGUAUUUCCCGCAAUCAUACGUUCAAGUUGUUGUUCCAUUGCCAAACUAAGAAAAGAAGAAAAACUUGGACUUGGGAUGCGAAGGAGCACCCGAAUUCCCAGAAAGCGGAAGCACACGGAAUGCAAGGAAGCAGGUGAAAAAAAACAUCAGUCUACCUUCUUUUUAAUUUAUCUUUACCUACAUUUUAAGACAGAAUGAAGUACUUUCCACGUAAUUUUACCUUUUUUUUGAGGAGAUGAAAAAUUCGUAAAUACUGCGAAAAAUUUAAUGACAAGAAUUUUCUUUAUUACACAAGUUUGCGAAGAAAUAAGAAGGAAAGGUCAUGAAAAAUACGUUCAAGAGGUGAAAAAAUUCCACAGGGAUGAAAUGUUAGUUUUGAAAAGAUUUUACACACUCGAAGAAGAAAAAUCUUUACUAGUCGAAAUUAUUGUUGGGACAGCAUAGGAUGGAUUAACGGGGGAGAUUCAAUUCUAUUGUAAUUAUAAGAAAUGUUGAUAAAAAGGAUUUUUUUAAUUAAUAUAAAAUUAAAAUAAAAUUCAAUACGAGACAUUCUUCUGUAGAGAUUGAAGAUUUCUAUUUUUUAAAGUUUGUUUUUAACAAUUUAUUUCGUGUCAUAAGAUAUUGUCUCGAAACUUUAAACUGUUGAAUUUAGUUGAAAAUAUUUUUUUGUACACAAUCGUAUUAUUUGUACAUAGCAAGAGGAAUUUCUUUUAAUCAUUGCAAAGUUUAUAUUGACUUGUAAAUAAAAUGUGGAAGGAUUUAGUAUGAGAAACUUUAAGAGAGUGAAUAUUCCGAAGUAAAGAUAUUGGAAAGUUGAAGGAAUCGUUGACAAAAAAAAAUGGAGAUUUGUGCCAUUUGAAACCCCUCUAGAGAGCGACGUGUGUGUGUUAUAACUCCAUUGAAAGUGGAAUUUUUUUUUAAAGAUUUUUCUUUAUUAAGUAUAAUAUUUUUAAGACGAAGAAAUAGAACUUUUUGCUCCUUUUUUUCAAGUAAAUUUAAUUAUACUAAAUUGAAGGAAAAAAAUAUUAAAAUUAUAGUAAUUUUGAGAUUUCUUCACGUUAAUUGCAAAGAUAUAUUACGAUGAAGUAUAAAAUAAAGAGAAAAUUUGUUAUUGUGUAAACUAUAAAAAAAAGUAAUUUAGAUAGGGUUUAUUAAUAUUGUCAGAUGAAAAAUGAAUAAAAUAAAAUAUUUAUUGCAUUUCACAGAGAAGGAAAAGUGGUCGGUAAAUAGUUUGAUAGAAGUUAGUAAUGCGGAAAAAAUGCGAAAGAUUUGCUAAAAGUAGAAAAAUAAGACAGCGGCACAGAGUGGGGCCAUUGAAGUACAUAAUACAGAACAGAUAAAUAUUUAUUAUUAAUUAUCUGGCAAAAAAAUCUUUUUUUUUUGUUUCAAAAUUGACAGUUUUAAGCAAUUUCUAAAUCAGGCUUAAAGGAAAAUUAAAAAAAAAGUUUUUUUUUGGUUCUCUGGGGUAAUUGUAAUGGAAAAAAUUCAAUAUAUUUCCAAAAAUUAGUUUUUGAGUCAUUAAUAAAGUCUCUGAGCAGAAUUGAAAGCAAAAUAAAACAUUUUUUCUUCGUUUUACAAACUAUAAUUAAAAAGAAUAUAAUUGACGUUUUCUCUGCCAGUUUGACUCGUCUGGAGGCCUUCAGGGUUCCGGAAGAGUUAUUUGUUUGAAAAAAAAAAAAAAAACAUUAAAAUGAGUUUUUUUAAUCAAUAAAAAAUGAUAAUUAUUUAUUAAAAACUAAUAACUUUAAUUAAAAACAUUUAUAUACUUUCAAAGGAUGUCUUGAUGCAAAAAGCAAUUUUUUCUAAUGCUGAUAACUAACUAGCAGAGGCUGAAAGAGACUCAAAUGGCCUAGAAAAAAAUAAAUUGACGAAAUAUAAAAAAAUGAAAAAAAAAAAAGAUUUUAAAGAAAACUUCUAUACUAUUUUUUUUAAUUCCAAUAAUAAAUCCCGAUUUCAUUGCAGUUCAUUCGCUCCACUCUGUAUAGACAUGCAAAGUUUUGAAUGAUUUUUUUAACCUUUAAAAUUGUUUUUAAAUAUAAUUUUUUAAUUGAACCAAAAAUAAUUUAGAACGUUUUUCAAUGAAAGACCUUCGUCGAAAGCAAAUAAAGAAUACGGAAAGCAAUUUAUUUACUCGAUUUUGAGAAAUUUAAAAAAUAUUUUUCAACAAAAAAAUAUUGAAAAAUAAAUUCCUUCUUUUAUUAUUGAAUUUGAAAGAAAUUAAUAAAAUUCCCCUCCCUCCAUUUUAUUAUGAAACUCUUUUAAACAACAAAACAAAAAUAUUACACUUUAAAAUUUCGAUUUAAUAAAUAAUUAAAAGAAAAUCUAUUAAAAAAAAUCAUAAAAAUGCUAUUUAAUGAACUUUUCGUGAGAUGAAACCAUUGAGAAACAUGGAAGAUGAAAAAAAAUGUAAAGAAAUUACCGAUUUAUUGAUACAAAAAACAAAAAAUAUUCUUAACACGCGCUAUUCUAUAUUUAUCUCUUAUUAACAUGAUGAGAAAAAAGGCAUAAAAAAUUAUGAUAUAGAUGUUGUAUUUGAUGACUUAAAGUUGUAUUUAUCAAAUGAAAAAAAAAUAUUGCGAUGAUGCUCUUUGUAAAAGAAUUAGAGAGAAGAGAAGAACGACAGGAAGAAGCUAUAUACUUAUAUACGUUUUGCGUGGGAAGUGGGUGAAAGGCAAUGAGAAUGUAGAUUAAAAAUCUAUGUGAAAUUUGCUGAUAAAAAGGAGAGAAAAAAUGCGCGAGAAUGUCAAUUAAAAAAGAGAAUUGAUAGUGAAACUAAUGAUGUGAAAAAAUGUGGUUUCCCCCUUAAGAAAAAAAAAGCAUUUUUACUCCACUUUUUCUAUCCCCCAUUUUCACUAUCAGGAAGCUCCUUUAAAAAAUUGAUAUGCGGUCAGUUUCUCGAUGCAGAAAGCCAUGAAAGAUUGAAAGGAAAAAAAAUAUUAGAAUGAUGGGAAGAAUAAAAAAAUGCGAAAUAUGCAAAUAGCGGCAAGAAGAAAGAAACAACAAAAUGACAAUACCUAGAAAUAAUUUAAUGAACAAAAAAAUUAUUAUGAAAAUGAGAAAAAAAAAUUAUAAUGAAAGUUAUUGAAUUUAUCUUAAAAAAAACAAAACACUAAAAAUUAAACGGAAAAAAUAUUAAAAAAUCAGAAAACUUACGCCCGGAAUUCUUUAUUCAAUAAAAUCUAACUUUUUGUGAAUUAUAGAGACUGCUAAGGAAGCUCCUAAUUUUUUUGUCAAGUUUGUUAAAUAAGAAAACGCAUGCGAAAGUAGAAAUGUACGGGUAAGCUGACCAAGCUUACGGGAGCUGUGUUUCUUUCAGUGUACCAAUUUUGUGAGAGCAAACUAGAACGCAAAUUAAUUUAAAUACGCGCAAAGUCGGGAAAAGUUGAAAAGUCAUACCCUAAGAAAUCUUUAGAAGGCCAUAUCUCGAGAACGGCUCCAUAGAUUUUCGAGUUUGAGCUAUCGUUGGAAAGGUCUUAACCUCAACUAUAAUAUAUUAAAAUAUGAAGUAAAUCGAUAAUGGCAUUUUCGAAAUAUUCGAGUUCGAAAUUUUCGAAAAUAUUGAUUUUGACUUUAGCGCCUCUCGCGGUCAUUUCUCGAACUUGCAAUGUUCUAGCCAUUUGUAGGGCUUCACGAAACUUUUCAUUUGCACUUGAGUUGAUCAAAAUCGGACUUGUAGAACCCGAGAUAUGACAUGCCAACUUUGGAAGGCUAUAUCUCGAGAACGGCGACAUAGAUUUUCUUCAUUUUUGGCAUGGAGCUAGAUAAUAUGGUCAGCUAUAACAUAUCAAAAAAUGAAGCAAAUCGAUAAUGGCGUUUUCGAGAUAUUCAUCGAAAACUCAUCGAAAAUUUUGUUUUUGAUUUUUGGCCCCCUAGCGGUCACUUUUGAAACUUCGUAUGUUCUAGAGAGUUGUAGGGUUUGUUGAGAGCUUUCAUUUGAGCCUGGGUUGAUCAAAAUCGGUCAAGCCGUUUUCGAGUUAUGGUCGAUUUUCGAUGAAAAAUUGUGGCGGCUAUAUUGACUAAACGGCUUGACCGAUUUUCGAAAAUGAGGUAUCGUUGGAAAGCUCUUGAUGGUCCCUACAACAUAUCAAAAUUUCAGCCCUCUAGCUAUAAUAGCGGCUGAGAUAUAGCGAAAACAAAAUUUUGAGGUUAUCCAAAAUGGCGGACGGAGGGGUGGGGUGGUGGAUUUGACUUCAUAAUCGGAUUUCUUCAGGUCGAUAUUUAAACUUUGCCGUUUACCGCAAGUCUCUAUCUAUCACCGUUCUCUUGCAAUUUAAGUUUAUAAUCCGGACGGCCGGCCGGAAAAAAACUUAUUUUUGGCGCAUACGUUUUUUGGAAUGUGGGGACCCUAAUUCGUGCUCAUACCAAGUUUGAGCCCGAUCUGACGACUUUCGAUUUUGCUCGGUACACAAAAGCUGUGUCUGAAAGAAACACAGCUAAAAUAAUUAAUAGACUUAGGGGCGGCUUUAGUUACUCUUUUUACUGAUUUUCUAAUAUUGUAUUAACUCAAUACGCAUGUUUUUACUUAUUCUUUUUGAUAUUAUUUCUUUUCUAAAUUUUCAAAAUAACAUUAUUUAUUUAUUAAAUUUAAUAAAAAAAAAACAUUCGAAAAAUUGAAAAUCUUCAUAAUUUUCCUGGUUUUGAUAUUAAUUAGUUUUCUUUGCGUUGAGUCUCAUUGUUUUAUCCUAAUUUUUCGAUAUAUGUUUUAGUAUCAAACAUUUUUCUUUUUACGAAUCUUUAUUUUAUGUUUUCACUAUUUUCUCGUUUUUUUCACCGUUUUCUUGCUUUUUGGAAUUUUUCUACGUUGUUUCUAAGUUUUUAGCUGUGUGGGUGGAUAUCAAAGUAACGUCUGGCUCCUAACAUUGAAAAGAAGAAGUUUCUUAAUUAUUCAGAAACUUUUUUUUCACAAUUUUUUUGAUUUUAUUUUGCUUUCUUUCGUUUAAUUUUCAUAUUGCAAUUCUUUUGUUGUUCAUUAAUUUCAAAUUUGAAAUUUUCAAAGUUUAAAAGGCCUAACAUGACUACUCAUUGAAAGGAAAAUUAUGUUUAUUUUUUUUUAAAUUUAAUUUAUUUAGUCUCUCAAUUCAGAAGUUAGUCACAAAAAUUUGAUUAUUGAAUAAAAAAUUCCCCUCAACAUUAAACAAAACACUCAAAUACUUAACCCCCUUUUAAAAACCAAUUCCUCACUCUUCUUUUACACCACAGAAAAACAAAAAAUAAAAUAAACAAUUUACUUUCUUGUAAGAUGAGCGCUAGAAGAGCAAGGAAACAAAUAUAUUAAAUAGAGACAAAGAAUAUUAUAAUGAAGAGAAAAAAAUCACCUAAAUAUUGCCAUUUUAGACACUUUAAAUGUGUUUCUUCGUUAUAAAAAAAAAUAUAACAUUAACAAAAAAACUUUUAAAGGCAUUAUGCAAAAAAACCCGAGAUUAUUGCGAGAGUGAAAGAAUAAUUAAUUCUAUUGUUGCAACAACAUAAAAAAAAAUCUUCUGCAUGUGUCCAUGUGAAAAAAAAAACAAUUAAAGAGAUGUUAAAAAAUAUAUUGAAAAAAAAAAUAUUCCCACCCUUCUUAAAUUUAUAAUAUAAAAUAAGAGAAAUAAUGAAGAAAAAAAUCCAUAACGGUGUUCCUUCUUUUUUUCUUUCUAAAAAAUUCAGCAAAAAAAACUCCAAUUCUCUAAAAUUCAUAUUGUAAACUAAACUCUCCCUCUUUCUUUUCUAAUUGAGCCAUUUUUUUAAUGAAAUAGAAAAGGAGAUGAUAAGAAAAAAAUGGAUUAAAGAAAACAAAAUAGUCUGAUGCUGAAGAUGAGAAUGCAGAAACAAAAUAUGUUGAAUUUGAUGCGUUUAAUGAUGAUAAAAAAUACUGUAACUUCUAUUAAUUAGUUGGACUUUAUUGAAAAGAAAAAAUCUACAUGUAAAGAAAAUAAUUAUAAGUAUAAAGAAAAUAUAGAAAAAAAAUCUUGA